GGGGUAGCGGCAACGGCGACGACGGGUGUGUGUGUGUUGAGAGCGGGAGUGAGUUUAAAACCUCUCUCUCUCUCUCUCUCUCUCACACACACCCUGCGGCGAGUGUGCGCUGGUGGCAGUCGGAUGUUCGCUGGAAAGGGGUGGGGGAGAGCGAGGUUUAGUGAGAGUAAAUCAAGAUGAAUCCACAGCAGCGGAUGGCCGCUAUAGGAACGGACAAGGAAUUGAGCGAUCUGCUGGAUUUUAGUGCGAUGUUCUCUCCUCCCGUUAAUAGUGGAAAAAACGGACCAACCACACUGGCAAGCAGUCAAUUUGGUGGUUCAGUCAUGGAAGAACGGGCAGGUACAACUUGGGGAUCAGGCGAUCAAGCAAGUCCGUCAUAUGAAUCAUCAAGGGCCUUUGCAGACAGUCCUCACUAUGGUGAACAUUUGAAUGAAGGUCGAUUAGGAUCCCAUGAAGGUUUAUCACCAACACCAUUCAUAAACUCCAGUCUAAUGGGAAAAGUUUCGGAGAGGGCAACUCUUCCACCUUUUGGGAGAGACCCAGGAAUCCCAGUAUGUCAAUCCAGCAUUCUUCGAUCAGAUGUGGAAAUAAGCAGUCCUGGACCUGUCCCAUCAUCAGGGAAGCCUGGAACAGUGUAUUAUCCUUUUACGGCUACAAAUCCACGCAGAAGACCGCUUCAUGACACACCAGCUCUAGAUCCCACACAGACAAAGAAAGUAAGAAAGGUGCCUCCAGGUUUGCCUUCAUCUGUGACGGAGGUUGUGGGGUGGCAUGGUUCUUCUGAAAUAAAUUUGGUUUAUGCACCUUCUCCAGGCUCAGAUGAUUUCAAUAGGGAGUCUCCUAGUUACCCAUCACCCAAACCACCCAGCAGCAUGUUUGCCAGUACAUUCUUUAUGCAAGAAGGAAAUCACAGUUCUUCUGAUCUUUGGAAUUCAACAAAUGGAAUGCAUCAGCCAAGUUAUGGAGGAAUGUUGGGAAGCUCUUCCUCUCAUGUCUCUCAGUCUAGCAGCUAUAGCAGUCUGCAUACGCAUGAUCGCUUGAACUAUCCACCACAUUCAGUUUCACCUACAGACAUCAACCCCAGUCUUCCCCCAAUGUCUAGCUUCCAUCGAGGGAGUACCAGCUCCCCUUAUGUUGCAGCCUCUCACACACCACCAGUCAAUGGAUCAGAAAAUCUUUUGGGGAACAGAGGAAAUGCAGCUGGGGGUUCACAGACAGGUGAUGCACUUGGAAAAGCUUUGGCAUCUAUUUAUUCGCCCGAUCACACCAGUAGUAGUUUCCCUUCAAAUCCGUCAACGCCAGUUGGAUCGCCAUCACCCUUACCAGGUGCUAACCAGUGGUCGAGACCAGGAGGGACUCCAUCGUCUCCUAGCUAUGAAAACUCCCUUCACUCACUGAAAAACCGGGUUGAACAGCAGCUUCAUGAGCAUUUGCAAGAUGCAAUGUCUUUCUUAAAGGAUGUCUGUGAGCAAACUCGAAUGGAGGACCGUCUAGACCGUUUGGAUGAUGCCAUUCACGUUCUCAGAAACCAUGCCGUUGGACCUUCAACAAGUAUGUCUGGUGGCCAUGGUGACAUGCAUAGUUUGCUGGGGCCAUCACAAAAUGGGCCAGUUGGAGGACUGAAUUCAAACUAUGGAGCAUCUGCACUGGUAACAUCUAGUCGACAAACAUCAAUGGUUGGCUCUCAUCGGGAUGAAUCUGUCAGUCUCCAUAGCAACCAUUCGAUCAUCCCCAAUUCAGUCCCUCCUUCAAGUGCAGAAUUAAAUCACCAGGCACAGGAUAACUACAGAGGACUAUCGAGUUUACAAAGUCAGUCUUCUGCCUUGGGUCCAGCAGAAGUGAAAACAGAAGAGAAAGAUGAGAACACAAAUGACUCUUUCUCAUCUGAAGAGAAGAGAUCAGAUGACGAAGGAUCUAAAAAAGACAUAAAAAUGCAGUCUAGAGGAAGGUCAUGUAAUCAUGAAGAUGAGGACCUAAAUCCUGAACAAAAAGCAGAAAGGGAACGCGAAAGGAGAAUGGCAAAUAACGCAAGAGAGCGUCUUCGUGUAAGAGACAUCAAUGAAGCAUUUAAAGAGUUAGGGCGAAUGUGUCAACUUCACUUAAAGAGUGAAAAACCCCAAACCAAACUACUUAUUCUUCAUCAGGCAGUUACCGUCAUCCUUAACUUGGAACAACAAGUUCGAGAGAGGAACUUGAAUCCAAAAGCAGCCUGCCUUAAAAGGAGAGAAGAGGAGAAGGCUUCUGCCGCAUCGGCAGAGGCACCACCAGCACAUCCUGCAGUUCACCCUGGUCUCAGCGACACUACCAACCCUAUGGGUCAUAUGUAAACCGCCAGUUGCAGGUUAGAAGUCUGGAUCAUUUUUGUAGAAUAACAAAUGAGUCAUCUUUCCAUACAAGGACCCAGCCAACUAACUUUCUCUCAAGAAGCCACAGUUGGAAAACAUAACGCACUUGAAGCAGAAACCCAGAAGCAAUCUCUUGAUCAAUAUGGCAUCACGUUCAGCCCACUGAAAACCUAUUUGUCCCAAAUCUGAAUUUUGGCCCAUAAUAGUACAUAUCAGUCUGUUGCAAGCAGUGUUGCUUCCACACAAUCAGAGACUGUUGCAAUUGUUCCACUGUUUGUGGAAGUUGCCUUGUGCCUAAACUUGUUGGUUGAUGAAAUGCAUUUAAGACAAAAAAUAAAAUUAUUUAUUGCUACUGAACUGUAAGGUCUACUUUGAAAGGGAAAUGUUUAAAUCUCAGUUGUUUCAUUCUCAGCUGGGCUGAUGCUAGUAUCUGUUAAAGCUGUUCAUAAGCAGAGAACAAAGCAGUAAUGACCUCUAACCCUAGCAUUCCCAGAACCUAUUAGUGUCUUAAAAAAGGGAGGGAAGAGUCUUCAUUGUCCUCUUCAUUCCUUUGGCCACACAAAUAGCUUUUUCCAUGUAUCAAAAUAUUCCUUGUUAGAGUGUAUUUUUUUGUUCUCUGGUUGUGUGAACAGUUGUGGUCACAUUUUUAUUUCCUACAUUAUGUUCAAUGCUUGUGUCAUAAGCAAUUUGCUAUAAUAGCAAAAUGUGCUCUUACUGAAAAAGGGCAGGUCUGACCAUGGCAUCAUUUAGCUUGAAAUAAGGUUAGCUUUCUGCAAACUUUCAAGUAAACACCCAUUCUUAUUUCUUUUAUUUGUAAUUAUACAAACUUUUAAGCUUCUAGGCUUCAUAGUAAAACUUGUAACGUGAAGUGUAAAUUAGAAAAUUUCUAAUUUUAGAAUUGUUUUGUUUUUCCAGCAGUUGAUACUACAUUUAGUACAUGUGAAAGUGUUUGCUGUAAUUAAGCACUGAUGCAAAACAAAGGUUUUAGGCUGCGAAAAAGCAUCAAGAGCUGAUAAAAUCCUUGGUUCACCAGGACCAGUAAUGUUGACAAUGAUCAAAGUAGUGCUGUCAGCUGAAUUAAAGUUCUGGAGGGGGAAAAGGAGCAACGGUCACCAGCUUUCUGAGACCAUACUUUUUUUUUGAUGACUCCUUAUCUGCGUGGCUAAUCAGUGGAGAGGGAUCCCAAAACUGAUGCAGCCAGUAAUGCGACUGCCCUGAGUUUUGAAGCCAUCAUGGCAUUAACUCACACAAGUUGUUUUGAAACCACUUAAUUUUUUUGUUUCCUCCCUGGCUGGUUUCCAUUUAUAUGGAUUCAAGCUCCUUAGCUUCCAUGUAAACUGUCUUCCAUUUAAAAGAAGCAUAGGAGAGAAAAUAUCUGACAAGGUUACUUAUGUUGUCUGAACAUUGUCUGUAAUUGUUGACAACUGACUCAACAAAAUGAACAAAUAAUGCAUUCCUUUGUUCUAAGCACUAAGGCAACUUAACACAAAUUUUGCUCUUAAGUUGCCAUGACUGUCUGAUAGGAAUGCUGAACACUUGUUUUGGAAGGGUUCUCAGAGAAUGAAUUCUUUUUUGACAAUUGUGUAUGAUUUUGUUAUUUUAAUUGAUUCAUGGCGACUAAUUCAAGAACAGUUAACACCUAAUUUACUGUAUCUGUGGCCAUGUUCCUCAGUUCAUUGUUUGUGAGCUAACAGUUGCUUAAAAUGUGCUAAAGUGAUCACGUGCCACUGGCCUUUUCUUCUGAGCUUGGUUCUAAGCUUUCUUUCCCUUUGGCUAUAAUAGACUGCAUUAUGCCCAGAAGCUUUGCUUCAAAAAGAAACAAAGAAAACAUUUGGCUUAUUUUUCACUGUAGCUAGUCUUUUAUACAAUAAUCUUGUAAGAAAAUUUCUUGAAUUCUAAAUAUUACUCUUUCUAGAUUUUUGAAAUCAAAAGUUUUCAGUAAAAAAGUUUCUUACUUUAUUUUACUAUAUUAGGUAGCAAAAGUGUAGGUUAUUUACCAUAACCUGUCCAUUAAUAUCAGAAAAUAAAAUAAGCAUCCUAAGAACAUUGUAGGUUCUAGCUAAACUGUGUAGUACCUAUGGAGUAUUGUACAAGCUAAAUGUCUGAGAUAAGUUGCUUCACAUCUUGUUCUCCAGUUUCCAUUGUUGGUUGAUGCAGAUUUGUACCCAUGUCAAAUUUAAGGUAUUGUUGAUGAACCUUUCCACGCAACAGUAAGAAGUAAAAGGAUAUCAGAAAACAUAUGUAUAUAUAACAUUUAUGUAGCAAUAAAUGUGCCAUCUUUUUUAACAAGAA